CCGAGCGAAUGAUGCGACCGUUGGGCGAGAAUUAGGUGGAAAAUCGGAGGCGGCGGGAAGGCGGACCCUGAGGUGGGGACGGGGAGAGUUGGCAGCUGCCAAACCCCCCCUUGCACAGGCUUUGGCAGAUUUAUAAAAGUAUUACUUUUCACUGGGAGUUGCACAGGAUGGUGGGCAAGGUCGUCAGGAGUAGCUCCUUCCAGGAAUGAGAAAUCGAUGCGAAAAGAAUACAAAAUGCACCACUUUGGAUUUUGGGGUACUUAGUGCGGGCUGACUCUCCAGUAUAUCUUCGCUCCUGGUUCGGUCUAACAGCUCUUCACCGCCCGCCUGCAAAUCGUAACAAGCUGCUAAAAGAAAACACUUGUGGGGAGAGAAAAGACACUUUCUCUUGCCUGGAAAGGAAUUAUAUCGACUGUGCACAAUCUUUGAACAUAUCGAUUUGGAUGUUAAAAAUUGUGAAGACUGUGUCUUUCCCUUUAGGAAAACGAAGUGCGAAAUCCUACUGAGUUUGGACUGGAUUGAAUUACCAUAGUAUAGCAUCUGGAAAUUCAGUAUCUUUCCAUUUUUUAAAAAUAGUUUCUUCAUGAAGUUUUUAUCGGGAGUUUUCUGGAUGUAUGUAUGUGUGAGUGCAUGAGAGAGAGGUUUGUUGCUAUUAAUUAGUACAUGGUCAUUGGGCGUUCGUUACGAAGGAGGUUUAACUAUUGACGGUGGUGUGACUGCAAUUUGAUGGGAGUGAGAAGAGGAAAAAACGAGCGGUGUCGGGUGUCAGCAUCUCGAGAGCUGGAGCAAAUUAGUGCUAAUAAAAAACAAACUCCGCACUCCGAGAAAAACAUGCCAGUGAAAAAACAAGACACCCAACGAGCUUUAUUGCUUCUUGAGGACUACAGCUCAAAACUAAAGAAACCAGAGGAAAGAGAACUGAAGAAUGCAGUUGAAAGAGUUAUAAAUAUCUUCAGAAGUGGCUUAUUUCAAGCACUGCUAGAUAUCCAAGAAUUCUAUGAGGUGACAUUACUCAAUGCACAGACAAGUUUUGAACAGAAGACUGCUGAAAUUAAUCAAGUAGCAGAACAAUGGGAAGAAACAAAUUCACCAAGGGCAAUCACCCAAAAGAAAGCUUCAGAGCCAGUUGGGACAGAACAAGACGUAACAUUGACAAGAGGAGAGGAAGAAACUGAUGAAACGGAAGGAGAACUGCCAACAAAAUUACACGAUCAUUGGGAACAUUUUGAGAAAUAUCAUUAUCAAGAUGAGGAUUCGCCACCAAAUGACUUUAGCUUACCACGUCUAACCAAUGAUGUCAAAGGCCCUGAGCUUGUUCAUGUCUCUGAGAAGAACUUAUCGCAGAUUGAAAACAUCCUUGGAUAUGUAUCACAUGCUCAUAUUUCUCCAUUAAAGGUUAAUCCCUGUGAUGUACGACCCCAGCUGCUUGACUUGACUGACAUGGAAGAACAGCCAUAUGAUCUGGAGUUUGAAGAUGCUGUGAACUUUAAAGAAGGCACUGAAUCCCAUCAGGCAAGCCCUAUUCCCAUUAUUGUCAAUACAGAAGCAUUGGAGACACUCCCCUAUGUCAAUGGAACAGAAAUAGAAUAUGAAUUUGAAGAAAUCACGUUGGAGCGAGGUAAUUCUGGCCUGGGAUUCAGUAUUGCAGGAGGCACAGAUAAUCCUCACAUUGGAGAUGACCCUGGGAUAUUUAUAACUAAAAUUAUACCCAGUGGAGCAGCAGCUAAAGAUGGACGGCUCAGAGUCAAUGACUGCAUUCUGCGGGUAAACGAAAUUGAUGUCUCUGAAGUAUCUCACUGUAGAGCUGUAGAGGCAUUGAAAGAUGCUGGUUCGAUUGUACAACUGUAUGUGCGCAGAAGAAGACCUGUUUUGGAAACCAUCACAGAAAUAAAGCUUAUAAAAGGACCUAAAGGAUUAGGAUUUAGUAUUGCUGGUGGCGUGGGUAACCAGCAUAUCCCUGGUGAUAACAGUAUAUAUGUCACAAAAAUAAUUGAUGGAGGAGCUGCACAGAGAGAUGGAACGUUACAAAUUGGUGACCGACUUCUUAUGGUGAAUAAUUACAGUUUGGAAGAGAUAGCACAUGAAGAGGCUGUAACAAUACUGAAAAAUACAGCAGAUGUGGUCUACCUUAAAGUUGGAAAACCUACUACUGUUUACAUAAAUGAUCCUUAUGGACCUCCUGAAACCACACACUGUUAUUCCCCUCCAGUAGAGAAUCACAUCUUCUCCUCAUCUGUGAAUAAUGAUCCAUUGGACCACAAGACCUCACUGCCACAAAUCACAUCAGGAAGAUAUUCUCCUCUUCCAAACUAUAUGCUUGAAGAAGAAGAAGAAGAAGAAGAAGAAGAAGAAGAAGAAGACAUCAGCAGGGAGCCCAGAAAAUUUGUGUUGCACAGAGGAUCCAGUGGAUUGGGCUUUAACAUUGUUGGCGGUGAAGAUGGUGAAGGGAUAUUUAUCUCGUUCAUCUUGGCAGGUGGACCAGCAGACCUUAGUGGAGAGCUGCAAAGAGGUGACCAAAUUCUAUCAGUUAAUGGCAUAGAUCUCCGUGCCGCAACACAUGAACAGGCUGCAACGGCUCUAAAGGGAGCUGGCCAGGUUGUGAAUAUGAUUGUUCAGUACAAGCCUGAAGAGUACAGCCGUUUUGAGGCAAAAAUCCAUGACUUGCGGGAACAGAUGCUAAAUCACAGUAUGAGUUCUGGGUCUGGCUCCCUAAGAACCAAUCAGAAACGCUCAUUAUAUGUAAGAGCUCUAUUUGACUAUGAUAAAACCAAGGACAGUGGUCUUCCAAGUCAAGGUCUUAGCUUCAAAUAUGGAGAGAUUUUGCAUGUUAUCAACGCUUCUGAUGAUGAAUGGUGGCAGGCACGAAGAGUUACACCAGAAGGAGACAGUGAAGAGAUGGGAGUCAUACCAAGCAAAAAAAGAGUUGAGAGAAAAGAACGAUCUAGACUUAAAACUGUGAAAUUCAAUGCCAACCCUGGAGUGAUUGAUUCCAAAGGGUCAUUCAAUGACAAGCGUAAAAAGAACCUCAUCUUUUCACGAAAAUUCCCAUUCUACAAGAGCAAGGACAACAGUGAGCAGGAUACCAGUGAUCCAGAACAACAUGUUACUUCAAAUGCCAGUGAUAGUGAAAGCAGCUACAGGGGCCCAGAAGACUGCAUUCUUUCAUAUGAACCCGUCACACAGCAAGAGAUUAAUUACAGUAGACCUGUCAUUAUUCUGGGUCCAAUGAAAGAUCGGGUUAAUGAUGAUCUGAUAUCAGAAUUCCCAGACAAAUUUGGCUCAUGUGUACCACAUACCACAAGACCAAAACGUGAUUAUGAAAUGGAUGGAAGAGACUAUCACUUUGUUACUUGUAGAGAUCAGAUGGAAAAAGAUAUCCAAGAACACAAAUUUAUUGAAGCAGGACAGUACAAUGAUAAUCUAUAUGGAACUAGUGUCCAAUCUGUAAAAUAUGUGGCUGAAAGGGGCAAGCAUUGCAUACUUGAUGUUUCAGGAAAUGCCAUAAAACGUUUACAAAUUGCACAACUUUAUCCCAUUGCUAUUUUCAUCAAGCCCACGUCUGUGGAUUCAUUACUGGAAAUGAAUAAACGCCUGACAGAAGAGCAAGGCAAAAAGACAUUCGAAAGAGCUUUAAAACUAGAACAGGAAUUUGGAGAACAUUUUACAGCAAUAGUACAAGGAGAAAAUUUGGAAGCAAUUUACGACCAAUGCAAGCUAGCUAUUGAGGAACAGUCGGGCCCAUUCAUUUGGGUUCCCUCCAAGGAGAAAUUGUGAACCAGCCACAGAUGUGAAGCUGAGGAGAACACCUGUUCAGAUUUUGACAUUUUAUUUUAUUUUAAUUGCAUUUUCAUCUCAAUCCAUGUACAUAAUCAUGAAUGUACCUUUGAGUUAGAAACUCAGCAGGAUGUUUCUGCACAGUUCAAAACUGCAUUAACAGGUGAAAGCGGUGUGGAUGGGGGAAAGAGCAUGCAAAAAGCAGGCAACUCGAGAUUUGGCAAAAUAGCAAGGGAUUCUGAGAUAUCAUGGAUGAUCCUACAGCAUUAGCAUAUCCAAGCCAUAAGUGUAUUAAAUUCUUGCAUAGAAGGUUUCACCCUUAUUGUAAUUAAAUAGGCAAAGCAGGGACUCUUGUACUUAGUUUUAUUCUCUGACAGAGAAGUGCCCAGCUUUACAACAUCCAUGAGCCUGUGUGCACUUAUGAUUGCUAUGCUGCAGAUUUUGUAACUAUGCAGAUAGAAUUCAUCACAUAAUUUUAUAAAAACACUUUUUUGCCGUGACUGAACAUUAUAUGAAGAUGAAUUUGCAUCUAUAAAACCCAAAUUAGAAGUAUGCUCAUAUUUAACACAUUUUAGAAUGUGUCUAAUUUGGCAUCUGGUUAAAAUCAAAGUAAGCUUCAAAAAUUACAAUAUACAUUUUAAUAUUUUUAUUCAGUAGUUAUUGAAAUAAUUUAUAGUAAAGAAUAUAUAUUGCUGUAAAUUGUAAGGUCUAUUGGUUAUAUUUCAUGACAACUCCAGUAUUGACUGGAGGUAUAAUUAUAAAGAAAUAUAGGAAGGAAGGCAAUACGUGAUUAGUUUUAUGGAGUGGAGUCUAAAUGAACAGAAAAUCAACUGAUUUGCGAAUAACAGUAAAUUCACUGCCAUCUCCAACUGUUGCCAGUGAAAAUUCACUUAUUUUCUUUCCCUUAUGUAAUAAGCAUGCAGCUUGAAAUUUUAUCCUCUAAUCAGUCAAUGUUAAUUUGUGUGCUCUGCAUUAUUGUUUAAAUAGUAAUAACUGUGGCUAAGUACAAUCAAAAAAGUCAUUGAGAUUUCCUACAUAGCCAUAGCUAUGUUUUAUUACUUUCAUUUGAUCCAAUUUAUUAUUUUGUAUUUAGUUCUGUGCUUUAUGGCUGUUUAUACUUGGAAGCUGCUAUUACAAUUCUUCAAAAUUUACCCAUUUUCUUUAUUUUAGCUAGAAUUUCAUUUUCUGUACUAUUGAGUGAAUUGUACUGUACAGACCGAUGUAUUUAAAGUGCACUGUAUGAUUAUGCUUGUCUUGUACUGGUUUGAUCAUGGUUAAAUACAGUUUUAGCCUAUAGUAUAAAUUUAAAAUACUCCAUUCCCAUUACAGGUGCAAUAAGCAGAGAAUUUUAAACUCUGAGUACUCUUAUCUGUUUUACCAUCUCCUUUUAUUCGACCUUUAGUGUGCACUCUCUGUGCAUUUACCAACAUGCAUUCUCAGGAUGGUUACC